CGUGUACCUGUAUCCUUGUUUUCGGACGCAUGGUCGUUAAUCGCUAUUGUCGGUACCCGUUAUUCAUUUUUUAUUCCUUUUUCCCCAUUUCGUUUUCUCUUCCUAAGAAUUUUUUUUUUUCCAUACCUCUUCGCUUACCACGAACUUUAACUCCAGAACUAUUACUAUUACUACUACUACUACUACUACUACUACUACUACUACUACUACUACUACUACUACUACUCUACUACUACUACGGUACUCCUACUAUUAUUACUACUACACUACCACAACUACAGUCGGCGCACAACACACGCUCCGUGACCGCACACACACGUAUUACAUACAUAUAUAUAUAUAUAUUACACGCACACGUUUAGUACGGGAAGAACCAUUCGCACUCGCACGCACAACAGCGCAUACAUACGCGCAUGCACACACGGCUCAUCGUCAGAAUGGUUGGACCGCACGGCGUAUAGGUAUACAGACCCGUCGUAGCAGCAGCUAUCUUAUUGUUAUUAUUAUUAUUAUUAUUAUUAUUAUUAUUAUUAUUAUUACUAUUAUUAUUAUAUUAUAUUGUUCGUGCGGUAGCCCCGAUUAAGAAGAAAAUAAUGAUAUUGUUGUCUCGUUGUCGCGUCGAUCAUCGGUGCGUCACAUUACGUCGGGUGUAGUCGGGUAUUUCGUUCUCGUGUUUCGUUUAGAUGAUACCGUCGCUGUCGCGUUUGCACAAUUAUCGACGACAACAACAACAACCACAACGACGGCGACCAGUCAGCACGGACUCCUCCGAACGUCGACAGGAGACUUCAGUGACCACCGCUGUCCGAAAUUAUUGAUAAUAACAAUCCGUCGCCGUAGACAUUGUUGUUGUUAUUGUCGUUGGCCGUCGUACGGGCGUUCGCGCGUGUGUAGUUUCCGUGCGGUGCUUGCAGCUAGUGACGUCGUCUCUCAACAGUACCUACCGCGAGGCUCACCGCUGAUAUUUCAUUAUUUCGCCGUCGCCAACUCGAGAACUUCCUAUACAAUUUAUUGCUAUUUACACGGUUUUUGUGCGUUUGUAUGUAGUGAUCACCCCUCCCCCCUGUGUGUGUCUGGUGUCUCGCGCGUUCGUGAAAUCGUAUCCCAUCCAGAUCUCGUCUUCGGGCCGGUGUCUAAUGUCGACAUCACUACGAUUGUUGCGCAAACAUCGUACGGGAAACGGAGAUUUUCAUCGUUCGUCAAGUGACAGUCGAUCAGAAGCGUACGACCGUCUCGCAGAUGUUCGUUGCUGAGCCCGUUAAACGAUCUGCCAUUGAACAGUUAUCUGUCGUUCGCAUAAUGUGUAAGUUGUUGCACAUCUGUUGAUCAGCACCCAUCCUAGUGACAGUCACACACUGUCGAAAACACCAUCAGUCAAACGCAGACAAACAUGGAUUUGCGACACAUAUUGUUAUAGCGAACAUAAAAGUGUCAAAAAGGAGAUGGCAAGAUUGAGCAGUGGAAAUGUAAAACUUGUAUUCUUCUUGUUGACUGUUUUAUUUCCUGUCACUUUAGCUAAAGUUCAAUUUAUAGAUACUUCUCGUUAUGAUACUGUUUAUGCCUGUGAAGGAAAACCUCUUAAAUUGGAAUGUAAAGAUGGUGAAAUCAUUCAUUUGGAUAGGGCUAUAUAUGGUAGAUAUUCUAUUACCGUUUGCAAUGAUCACGGUAAUACGGACUGGAGUGUCAAUUGCAUGUCCACAAAUACUUUACCACUACUGCAAGCCAGAUGUAAUGAAAAAAGAAACUGCAGCAUACAAGCAAACACAAGUUUAUUUUCUGAUCCAUGCCCCGGAACUAUGAAGUAUCUUGAGGCACAAUAUCAUUGUGUUCCUGCAUCACUAUCAACUACAACGCUCAGACCAAAUCCUCCUUGGUUAAUAACAUCACAACCCAGUGUUUGGAAUGCAGAUAAAUUAUUAACUCUGAAACCUGCUACCCCAAUCCCACCAAUUUUGUCAUCACCACAAUUAGAUGAUAUUGUUGGGUCGAGUGUUGAGGAGGAGCCUGUAUCAGUUUCUGUGACCACUACAAGUACAAGUACAACUGCUGCACCAGAAGUGUCUAUUGUUGUUAAUAAUUAUAAAGAAAAUAAUUCCAAGACUGAUAAUGAACAACACUUACAAUCAACAGGCGCCAUAACGACUGAAUGGAUUGUACCUACCAGUGACUUACCUCCACAGUUAAGCAUAAUUGAUGUUGAAGGAAUGGAUGAUAGAUUAUCAUUGUCAUGUGCUCCUGAAACGUCAAGAAGUUUAUUUUGGAAUUGGACUAAAUCUGGAGAAGAAGCUGUACAACCAUGUCCUGGCGGUGCUGCUGGUCUUGCCAGAUGGAGAUGUCAGACUUAUAUUAAGGGUGUAACAUUUAGAUCACCUCCUACACCAGAUCUUUCAGAGUGUCGUUCAGUAUGGUUGUCAAGUUUAGAAGGUAGACUUCAUCAGGGAGAUUCUAUUAUCAGUAUUGCAAAUGAUCUAUCACAGGUGACUGAUAGUAAACCAUUAUAUGGAGGUGAUAUGAUGACUACAACAAAAAUGUUACGAGAUGUUGCUCAAAAAAUGGAAAAGGAUAUGGUUACAUUUCCUGAUAAGCAACAACAGGAGGCAAUGGUUACUGAUUUAUUACAAUGUGUGGUGCGGAUUGGCAGCAAUUUACUUAAUGCUUCUCAAUAUCCUUCAUGGAAGGACCUGACAUUUAGUGAGCAAAUGCGUGUUGCAACAAGUUUAUUGAUUGGUUUAGAAGAGAAUUCUUUUCUACUUGCUGAUAUAAUGAUGAAGGAAAAAACAAUCACUCAUAGCGUUCAAAAUAUUUUAUUGAGUGUAAGGGUUAUUGCUACACAAAAUGUUGACACUGAAGUAUUUCCACAUUCAUAUUCGUCGAAUACAGGAUUCUUUAUGAAUAACACAUGGUUACAAUUACAUAGAACAGCAUUGCUUGAGAAUAGUGAAGCAGGAUUUAUAAGACUUGUUUACAUAGCAUUUGACAGUCUAGAAAAUAUUUUACAACCGCAAUCAAACAAUGGUGUUCGAAUAAUAAAUAGUAAAAUUAUAUCAGCAUCCCUUGGUAAAGGAAAACAUAUUCAAUUACAUCAACCAGUGAAAUUAUGUUUUCAACAUCUUCAAAUCGACAACGUUAGUAAUCCUACUUGUGUGUUUUGGGAUUAUACAGAAAACGGAUGGUCAGAAGAAGGAUGUUCCGUAAUAUAUUCAAAUCAAACUCAUACAUUAUGUAAAUGUAAUCAUUUGACGAAUUUUGCUAUAUUAAUGGACCUUAAAAAUGCUGGUAGUGAACCUUUAAGCAUUGCAUCAAAUAAUAUGGUCAUGUAUAUAAGUUGUAUAUUUUCUGGAAUUUGUUUUCUUUUGGCCGCGAUUACUCUACAACUAACAGUUAAAUCAAAUCGAACAGUAAUUUUGAAAAACGUAUUUUUUUGCCUUUUCUUGGUUGAAUGUUUUUUCAUGUUUGGAAUUACACAAGAAAAUAUUGUGUUUAUUUGUACAAUAAUGGCAGCAAUCCUACAUAUUUUGUUGCUUUGUUCAUUUACAUGGACGCUAAUUGAAGGUUUCCAUUUAUAUGCUACAUUAAUUGAAGCAUUUGAUUCUGAAAAAUUGCAAAUGCGUUUGUAUUAUUUAGUUGGUUAUGGAGUUCCAUUAACAGUGGUUAUUGUAGCUUGUUAUAUGGAUAACACUUAUAUCUACAACACAAAUAAUUCCUUCUGCCUGCAAGCUAAUACUAUUAUUAUUUAUAGCAUAAUGUUUGUGGUUUCAGUAAAUCUAGUCUUUCUAUGUCUAUCAUUAUAUAUUAUUAAAAGUAAUUCUUCCUUGAUGUCGGUCAAAUGCAAAGAAAAUGUUAAAAUAACAUCUUUGAAGAUGUGGUUGAAAAGUGCAAUUUUAUUAUUUGUUUUCAUAACGUCAACGUGGACUUUAGCUUUUUUAUACAUAGCAUCAUAUUCAACAUUUAUGUUGUACAUUUUUUCGGCAGUAAAUUGUUCACAGGGAUUGUUAAUAAUAAUACUUUAUUGUAUUAAAAAUAAUUCAGUAUAUAAAGUUUUUUCUGAGUUAACAAUAAUUUCAUUUUUACCAUGGCAAUGCUGCUUAAUAAAUUCUACUCCAGAAUUGAAUCUCAAUUAUAAAAAUCAAAGAACUAGUUUGUAUGGUACAUCAGUUGGCCAAAACAGUCAAGGCAGUAUAGCAGAAUCUUCAACACCAAGAUCUUUGUCAUCUCAUAGAAUGAAUACAUUUCACCAACCUCAUGAGCGACAUGCUGUGACAAAAGUUGUUGAUAUACAAAAUGAAAUGGACCUGCCAAAUUUGGAUAAUUCAAUAUGUAAUGAAGAUCCAAAAUCUGGAAUAUGUGGUGCAACGUUACCCUACUCCCGUUCUUGCCAAAAAAGUUAUUCGCGUACCAAAUUGCCAAAAAAUUCUGCGGUAUUCAGUAGUGGCACCCUUCAUAAACAGUCAUCUCAGAGUAAACCAAACAUCCAAGAUAACUGUUUUACACUUAACAAACCUACUUAUGUACAUAGCAGUCGUGGGGCACCGAACAUAUGUUCACUUCGAUGUAAUACUAUUGGUGAUGGUUUUGUUGACAAUAAUUGUUCAUCAAAAAAAUACAUUGGAGUAAGUGGUGUGCGAGCUACUAGUCCAUGGAAUCACACAUACUCUGAAAUUAUGGGUGGUAUAUCUGCGUCUGCCGGACUAGAUGAUCCGGUAUACGAAGAGAUAGAACGAGAACGCGAACGAGAGCGGGAACAAGCUGCUCUUGUGUCUGAUUUGAGUGAUGAAGAUGGAAGACGAAACAGUGAUAUGAGUCGCCAGUCAUCAAAGAGUUAUGGAGACCAUAGGCCACUUAUUAUGGCUCCCACACAAAAUCCAGAAACUCAUAAUUUCCAUACUGCUCUCAACGCUGCAUUUAGGCAGCAGCUUAAAGAACAAACAGCUAGGACAAUUGCUGUACUGGAUGGGCAAACCGUUGUGUGUCAUUUGCAACCUGAGCAAAAUGAUGUGUUUAACUCUCAGACUAUUCAACAUUAUUCAUACGAAUGUUGAUGGCCUAUAAUGGAGGGUACCUAUUAAUGAUUUUCAUUAUAUAUAAAUUAACUUUUCUACUGCUAAACCUUAAACAUGACUCCAUAAAAGUUACAUUAGAAUUAAAUAUGAAUGUAUUUAACUUAAAAUUUAAUUAAGUAAUAAUUGAUAAACAAACUUAAAUUGGUUUAAUGGUUAUUUCUUCUCUAGUUGAUAUUGAUACAUGAACAAUUUCUAUAUUUCAAACAAAUUAUACAAAUUAGACGACAUGCUUAUAAUUUAUUCGAACUUCUUAAUUUUUUUAAUUAUACCUAUUCAGACUAUUAUUUCUAUAACAUAAAAAAUGUUAGGCAGAUCAUUCGGUUUUUUAGUCCCAAACUUUGUUUUUCAAAUACAUGCUUGUAUUAAUUUAAAUGUUGUAUUAAACAAAAUUACAAAAUUAGUAUUAGCCUAUUCCUUAAAUGUCCA